UGUAAAAUGGACGACGUGUUUACAGAAAUCGUCUUGAGAAUCGAUUGUUACUCAUAACUUCGAUACUUCGAUACAUAAGCCACUUUUCUGUCGAUAGGAGACUCUUCACAAGAAAAUGUACGAGGGGGAAGUUAUGGCUUCACCAUCAACUGUUGUGUCUGGUCUUGGGUUAGGCAAGCCAGCACCAACAAGUGAAUACUCCAGUAACAUUAUUGUCAAAAAAUUCCCCAUCCUAGGAAGGCUUCACUUUGUUAAGGACAGAAAUGGAAUAAUGUGUUUAGCUUUCACCUUUUUUUACUGGGCAUAUGGUACAUGGUGUGGAUUGUGGGUUGUCUUAUUACCUCAUAUGAGAGAUGGUCAAGCCUCAGAACCAUUUGUUGCAUUGUAUGUCUUGUGUUCAGUCAUGUGUGUGUGUUCCUUGUUCAGAGCAUCAACCCUGAAUCCUGGUCGAGUUCCGCUGAUUUCUGAUGCCGACAACAUUGACACAAGUAACUGGGAAACGUGUGAGAAAUGUCAGCGAAAAAGACCAAAAAGAGCACACCACUGUCGUCGAUGUCAACAAUGUGUGCUGAGAAUGGACCACCAUUGUCCAUGGAUAAACAACUGUGUUGGGGAGGAGAACCACUAUGCCUUUAUACAGCUGUUAUUCUGGGCCUUUUGUCUCAGUUGGAUGGCAUUCUGGGCUUUAAUGCUACAUUACUGGUAUUACCCAGCAUGCAUUACCUGUGAUAAGGGUGUUUUCUACAUCAAGCAUAGUAUUUGGUUCAAGUAUUUACUUGUACUGAUGUCAUUGGCAAUGGGAUUAUUCAUGGGGGCUGGUUUACAAGAUCAACAUCAAAAUCUCAAUUGGGAAUCAUUUCAAUUUAGACAUGAAGUAUGGUUUACCUAUAUUCUGACUGCACUUGCCGUCUUAAUGGGAAUUAUGAUGGGUGGUCAAUUAAUCGGCCAACAUUUCAUGUUACUUGUGGAUAGGACAACAUUGGAGAAUAUGAAGGAUCCCUAUCCCGAUAUAGAAACGAUCAAAAUUCGUUCUGAGUGGGCAGCUUAUCACGAAAUGUGCGGGGGUGGAUCCAUGCUUUUCUGGUUACUACCAUGCCGAAGUCGACGAGGGAUUCGCCCCUCCUACUAUUACUCAAACUCGGUGUGACCGGAAUUUCUGUUUCCCCGUUCAUCACCAUCUCUCAUCUUUAGGACACUGGGAGCGUCUGAUGACAACAGAUACGCUUUUACUGUGAUCGAAUUAGCCAUAAUUCUUUUUCUUCGUUGAUCUGUUCAGUGAUCCGUUUAAUAAAAACUGCAUCUGAUAUAGACGGCGUACUGUUAGUUAGGGAAGGCGAACUUCAUCACUGUGUGUCAGAAAAACACCAAUAUUUCAACUCCAUUUCCCGCACAAAAAAUUGUCUUGGGAUCAAAUAUGGACUUUCUCAUUAUCUUCUUUUGCAGAAUAACAGUGCCUAAUUAAAGCGUGAGAUCUUGUUGACUAGGCCGAUUAUUUAUGUUUAGGAAAUACUUUUCUUAAUUACCUGACAAUUGUCUGCACUAUUCCUUCAUAUUUUGAUAAAUUAUAUAUUUUUAUACACAGUAGAAUAGUAACGUAUUUUUUUUCUUCACAAUUUAUCCUUGCCUAAACUGAAAUAAAAUG